CGUACGGGCUACGGGCGCCGUUGCCGUUGCGGUAGACAAGUUAACUACUACUACCUAUGUAUGCAACCGGUACAACUGACAAAGUACCUGUUGAUUUCAUGAUUGCACCUUAUCGUUUUGAUUGCGCUUGUGUUGUUGUUCAGACAUGUUCUUGAUAAGAUAGUCAACUUGUAUAAACGGAAAUGGAAGCGCUUGAGGUCCUCUUGUUGCUCCUAGGACUUACAGGAAUGGUUUCUGCCGAGAUGUGGUGCUAUUCCUGCAUCAGCAAUCAACCAGGAUGCAACGAAGAGGUCAACUGGUUGAUACACCAUGCCAUCACAUGUCCACAGCCAGACGAUAAGUGUGUCAAGAUCAUUGAAAGGAAAGGAGAGCAAGUCCUGUACACAAGAGAUUGUCUCUCCAACUUGGUGUCAUACAGACACGACAUUCCCGCCGACACUUACGAAGGAUGUCGUCCGGCAGCAGAGGCACCCAAGUUGGCCGUCUAUGUUGACAACAGCAUUAAAGAGCUUGAGCUCAAAAGGGACUAUUACUCAUCGGUUGACUACUGCUUCUGCGAAUUCUACUACUGGUGCAACGGAGCUUCAGUGGUGACGUCCAUGUGGAUCCUUCCGCUUGUACUUGUCCUGACUCAGUUGCGACUUCAUAUGAUUGGCUGACUGAGACGACUCUCAUCAAUCACUGUAUAUAAGUCCCCAUUAUCGCAUCAUAACCCAGAAGCAGGUGGUGGUUAGUUUAUAUCUAAAAUGCAACAUUCCAUUUGGGCAAUAUUCCGUCCAUUUUUAAGCCACCGUGGAAGGUGGUUUCUUUUAUGCGCAACUUCAGAGUAACAUUGAGUGUUACAAGAAUCUCUCUGCGCAUAUUUUGCAGAAAUUUACUCAAUAAAGUACAGUAUACACAUUUU